GAUACUUUUUAAAAUGACUCAAUAGGUGGCGCAGCGUUCUUGACUUCCUACAAACAAGCAUGAUCGGGGGAUCCUCACCUAUCAUCGUUCUUAACCAGAACACAAAGCGGGAAUCUGGCCGCAAAGUCCAGAUAGGAAACAUUGCAGCAGGCAAGGCUAUUGCAGAUAUUAUUAGAACAUGUCUUGGACCAAGAUCCAUGUUAAAGAUGUUGAUGGAUCCCAUGGGAGGGAUUGUGAUGACCAAUGAUGGAAAUGCUAUUCUAAGAGAGAUAAAUGUACAGCACCCAGCUGCUAAGUCUAUGAUUGAGGUUGCCCGCACCCAAGACGAGGAAGUUGGAGAUGGAACCACCUCUGUCAUUAUCCUGGGUGGAGAGAUGCUCGCUGUGGCUGAACCCUUCCUCCAGCAGCAGAUGCACCCGACAGUGAUCAUCAGUGCUUUUAGACAGGCCUUAGAAGACCUUGUGGAAAUCCUCAGGGAUAAAAUCAGUGUCCCAGUGGAUAUUACCAACCAUGAAGAGAUGAAGAAAAUUGUCAAUAGCUGUGUAGGAACAAAAUUUAUCAGCAAAUGGGCCAAUUUAGCCUGUGAGAUUGCAUUGAAAGCAACUUCCACUGUCUUCUUGGAGGAAAAUGGAAGAAGAGAAAUAGAUAUAAAGAGAUAUGCCAAAGUAGAAAAGAUUCCUGGAGGCACAAUGGAAGAAUCCAAAGUAUUGACAGGAGUAAUGCUUAACAAAGACAUUGUCCACCCUAAAAUGAAGAGGAGAAUAGAAAACCCGAGAAUAUUAUUAUUGGAUUGCAACUUGGAAUACAAGAAAGGAGAAAGUCAGACAAACAUUGAAAUCACAGAUGAGGCAGAUUUUUCCAAGAUUUUGCAAAUGGAGGAGGAAUAUGUCAAAAAGAUCUGCAAUGAAGUGAUCGCUGUCAAACCAGACCUCGUGAUCACUGAGAAAGGUGUGUCAGAUCUCGCUCAACACUUCCUGGUCAAGGCUGGAAUCAGCUGUAUACGUCGUGUCAGGAAGUCGGACAACAAUAGGAUAGCAAGGGCCUGCGGUGCCACUAUUGUCAACAGAACCGAUGAAAUCCGAGAGGAAGAUGUAGGAACAGAAUGUGGUCUCUUCUACAUUGAGAAGUUCGGAGAUGAGUACUUUACAUUUUUGGUAGAGUGCAAAAACCCCAAAGCUUGCACAAUCCUGCUGCGCGGCGCCAGCAAGGACAUUCUGAAUGAAGUGGAGCGUAACCUCCAGGAUGCCAUGAACGUGACUAGGAAUGUGAUGCUGGAGCCCUACCUUGUCCCAGGGGGAGGGGCGGCCGAAAUGGCACUGUCUCAGGCUUUGAAUGAGAAGGCCAAGAGUAUUACAGGGAUACAUCAGUGGCCGUACCGCGCAGUCAGCAGAGCUCUAGAAGUGGUUCCUAAAACUCUGAUCCAGAACUGUGGAGCCAGCACAAUUAGAACUCUAACAGCCCUCAGGGCUAAGCAUGCCACUGCCAAUAACACCAGUUGGGGUGUGGAUGGGGAGACAGGGAAGGUUGUGGAUAUGAAGGACUAUGGAAUUUGGGAACCAUUCGCUGUCAAAGUACAAACCUACAAAACAGCAAUCGAGACUGCAGUGUUACUCCUGAGAAUUGACGACAUCGUGUCUGGAGUCAAGAAACAGGGAGACUUGGCAGCAGCCUCAGGGGGUGCCCCUAGUGCCCCGCCCCAGGCGUCCGAGGGACCAGAACCAGAGUAAAAAUGAAAAAAAAAUGGAACCCUCGCAGUGGCAAUCUGAUGUCUGUAUGACACUGUGUUCAUCUCGCUUGAGUCAGUCCCCUCUAUUCGUGAACAAAUAUUUUGGAUGCUUGCAAAUGUAAACUAUGAAUUAGUUUUUGCCUGUUUCAUGAGGCAAUUUGAUGUAUUUUGUACUUCAUAUUUAUCAAAUAAAACCACUUUGUGAAAAUGGAAAUAAAAUUCCUAUAAUAUC